ACCACAUUUCGUCUUUACAUCCGGUUUGUUAGUCAACAUGUGAAAUUGUAAAACGUUGUGAAACAGCUUUGACUUUGUAGAUCUAGCAAUCUUUUCACGUAAACAGAAGAAUGACAACCUUGGCAAAUGAAAACUCUGUCGAAGCAAUUGGAAAAAUUUUGGUUGACAAAACCAAACCUUUGAAAGACCGAUUCCGAGCAUUAUUUACCUUACGCAAUAUAGGGGGAGAAAAAGCUAUAGACUUUAUUUCAAGCUGUUUUGACGACACAUCUGCCCUUCUCAAACAUGAACUAGCAUAUUGUCUGGGUCAAAUGCAGGAUAAAUAUGCAUUGGGUGUUUUAUCUCACGUUUUGGCUGAUCGAACCCAAGAGCCUAUGGUUCGUCAUGAGGCAGGUGAGGCUCUAGGGGCCAUUGGAGCUCAGGAAUCCAUCAGUGUCUUAAAGGAAUAUGAAAAUGAUCCAGUCAUAGAGGUAGCAGAAACUUGCCAGUUAGCUCUCCAGAGGUUAAACUGGCUAAACAAUCAGCAGGAUGAGAAGAACUUGUUACCAAAUCCUUACAAGUCUGUUGACCCAGCUCCAUCUACAAGUAAAAUGGAAAUCACUGAACUGGAAAAUAUCUUAUUGGAUGAAUCUCUGCCUCUCUUUCAGAGAUACAGGGCAAUGUUUUCACUCAGAAAUUUAGGAACAACGGAAGCUGUAAAAGCACUGGCAAAAGGUCUCAAGAGUAGCAGUGCCCUCUUUCGCCAUGAGAUUGCAUAUGUCCUUGGCCAAAUUCAGAGUGAUGCCUGCGUAAAUGAGCUGAAGGCAAAUCUUCAAAAUAUGAAGGAAAACCCAAUGGUGAGACAUGAGUGUGCUGAGGCCCUUGGGUCCAUUGCUACCCCAGAAUGCACCAGGAUUUUGGAGGAUUAUCUGAAGGACAAUGAACGAGUGGUCAAAGAGAGUUGUAUUGUGGCCCUAGAUAUCAGUGAAUAUGAGAACAGUGAUCAGUUUCAAUAUGCUGAUGGUUUGGCUAAGUUAAAUACUGUGAAAAGUUAACAAUAAAACAUUUUAGCUCUCAAA